AUGAAACUGAAACUAACAAUCCUUCUGGCACUGGUGGGUGCUUUGUUUGCUGCGCCAUCGGACCUUCACUGGAGGCAUCAUCACCAUCAUCAUCACCACAAAACCAAAGCUCCACGUCCAACAAAAGGAACCACUACUACACUGGCUCCACCGACUCAGGCUCCAAUUAUUGUUUCUUCUGCUGCUCCAAUCAUUGUUACUGAUGCUCCAUCUUCUGCAGCUCCAGAAGUACCAAGCUCUUCGACACCAGAAGUUCCUUCUGAAGCUCCAUCUUCACCCACUGAAGAGCCAAUAAAAAGUACCUCUGGCCCCUUUCAACCGUCGGAAGAGCCACAACCAUCUGCUGAGCCAUCUGACAAGCCGGAUCCUUCUAGCCCACCAUCGCCUGGACCGAUGACCAAGGGUCCACAGCCACCAAACCCACCAGAACCAUCUGACGAACCUGAGCCCUCUGCAGAGCCCUCCGAACAGCCAUCCGAUGCUCCACAACCCUCAGUGCAGCCAUCUGAUGAGCCACAACCAUCCGACCAGCCAGAGCCGUCUGCGGAGCCAUCCCCAGAACCAUCUGAGCAACCCUCACCAAGACCAGUAGAGCCAUCGGAAGAACCAGAACCAUCUGAUAAGCCUGAACCAUCCGUGGAACCCUCCGCAGAUCCUCAGCCAUCAGACGAGCCACAACCCUCUGCCGGACCUUCUGAUGAACCAGAGCCAUCUGCUAAGCCACAACCAUCUGAAGAGCCAGAACCAUCUGACAAACCUGAGCCAUCUGCAGAGCCAUCCGAACAACCAUCCGACGCUCCCCAACCUUCAGCCAAGCCGUCUGAUGAGCCACAACCAUCGGAUCAGCCAGAACCAUCUGUGGAACCCUCCAAAGAUCCUCAGCCAUCAGACGAACCACAACCCUCUGCCGAACCGUCUGACGAGCCUCAACCAUCCGAACAGCCAGAACCAUCUGCAGAACCGUCUGAACAACCAUCCGACGCAUCUUCGCCAGGACCAGUAGGACCAUCCGAAGAACCAGAACCAUCCGAUAAGCCUGAACCAUCUGUGGAACCCUCCGAAGAUCCUCAUCCAUCCGCAGAACCUUCAGAAGCUCCACAACCCUCUGCUGAACCUUCCGAUGAGCCACAACCGUCAUCAGGUCCAGAACCAUCUGUGGAACCCUCCAAAGAUCCUCAGCCAUCAGACGCACCACAACCCUCUGCCGAACCGUCUGACGAGCCUCAACCAUCCGAACAGCCAGAACCAUCUGCAGAACCGUCUGAACAACCAUCCGACGCAUCUUCGCCAGGACCAGUAGGACCAUCCGAAGAACCAGAACCAUCCGAUAAGCCUGAACCAUCUGUGGAACCCUCCGAAGAUCCUCAUCCAUCCGCAGAACCUUCAGAAGCUCCACAACCCUCUGCUGAACCUUCCGAUGAGCCACAACCGUCAUCAGGUCCAGAACCAUCUGUGGAACCCUCCAAAGAUCCUCAGCCAUCAGACGCACCACAACCCUCUGCCGAACCUUCUGAUGAACCGGAACCAUCUGCAGAACCUUCUGAAGCUCCGCAACCUUCCGAUAAGCCACAACCAUCCGACAAGCCUCAACCAUCCGGACCACCAAGCCCUCCACCACGACCAACUCGCCGUCCAGGUCCACCAACCCGUCGUCCACCUCCACCAACUCGCCGUCCAGUACGCCCAACCCGUCCAACAGGACCACCCGGACCACCGACUCGACGACCACCCCAUCAUCACACAGGAAAGGGAGUUUUCUACUUCGAUUUCGUUGAUAAGAAAUAA